UAUUUGAUCUUCGCUUCUUACAUAUGCAUCCUUCUUUGACAGAAAUUCGAAGUGAAAAAACGCUUUAUUUUAAAUUUUUUCAGACUCUUGUCUGUCCAUUUUAUUUUCGAAGUGUAUUUGGCGUCAGUUUUCGUGGCACAAUCAAUAAAAUCAUUUUCUACCGUUGUUGGUGAAUGGUGCACAGUAAAUUUUAUCAUGCGGAAAGUUCAGUUUAUGCGCUGACAAUAGUUUUAAAGUUCAUGGAGUUACUGCGCUCGCAUCUAAGAUUGCUUAAGAUAACGCUGCUGCUAAUUUCGGCGGUUGGAAUAAUCUUGGGAGUAUAUUUUACCCAGCGAACACUGCUUUAUUUUGAAGUUGAAGAUUUUGAGUACGAAGAGAAAGAAGCUGCUGCACACUGGGCAGAAAUUGUGCCGUUUGUACAUGUAUACUCCGCAUUUUCUGCAUCUUCGAACUCUGCAGUGCAUAUUAUUGCGGCGACACACCGCCAUCGUGACAAAGGAAGUUGUACAUGCAUCUUUAAUUCCACACAAAAUCCUCUGAGAACGGUUACUGCUGACCGGGAGGAUUUCUGGGAUCAUCAUGACCAAGUGUACACUGCUUCGCGAUUUCUUUGCUCCCUUCCGCUAAACAGUAGUAUUACUGCCAAUGGUGUGCAUGUAACUUUUCAAUGUGUAAAUAACGGAGCACGUGGAAGUAGGAAUUUCGCAGUAUAUCCUAGCGUCACACCGGUGAAUAUGACCUCUGCACUAUGUGGACCAAUUAUAUUUGGGAAUUACUCUGAUGCAGGUGCUUUAAACCGAUUUAUCCGCUAUUACACCGGUCUUGGGAUUUCCAGAAUUUUUUUAUGUGUAAAAGCAGUCUCUGCCGAUGUUAUGAGACUGUUGCAAUUGUAUCGAAAAAAACAAGUUGUAGAAAUUAUGAAUUGGAAUCUCAUGGUGGAUGAACAUGCGAUUCAUUAUAAUGGACAGAUUGCGGCAAUCAACGAGUGCUAUUUACGCGCUGCAAAAGAAGGAUUUGAUUAUGUCUUAACCGUGGAUUUGGACGAAUUCGUCAUUCUUUCCCAAAAUACCAGUAUUUCUGAGUUAAUGGAACACGGCAGUUUGGACUGCGUAAAUAUCCGCAGCACAUUGGCUCGCGUCAUCGAUAUAACCAGCGAUCCCUCUCAAAAUUCAAAAGCGUUAUCAAAUUCUAAUAUUCAAAAAUCGAAACGCAUGUUCCAGCGACAGGACCACAUAAAUGAGCCAAACGACCGAUCAAAGUACAUUUGCCGGACACAAUCCGUGCUGAUGGCCGGCAUACAUUAUCCUUACCAAAUUCACCCGGAAACCAAGAUUCUGACUGCUGCGCCGGUCAAUAAAGCUUUAGUACUGCAUUUCCGCCGAAACGAAAUUACGACCAGUAGUGUUAACAGUUCCGAGUGGCGGGAUCUGGACGCCGCUUUCGAGAUUAAAAACUAUUAUUGA